AUGUAAGACGAUCGAGUUAGAUACAUGUAUGACUUUUAAUUCAUAAAAGGAAUUCUGUGUAUUCUGAACAUAGAAAGGAUCUUUCUAAAAACAUGGACGUUGUGUGUUUUGCAAUGGCAGUUGAGUUGGACAGAUUAGUACAAGAAAACAAUUUGCUUAAAGAGGAAGUCAAGGAAAUCUCAAAUCUUAGAGUUGAUCGACUAAAUUAUGAAAAGCAAAUUGGAGAUUUGAUGAACAGGUUGUAAUAGCUCACAGCUGAAAAUGAUAUGCUAAAACGGGAUAAUGACAAAUUGAAAACUCAACUAAAUUCAACUAAUCUAAGAGCCUAAUAACUGGAGGGAUAAGUAAAUCACUUUUAAUAAGAAAUUCAGUUGGUCUCCAAUAAAUUAGAAAACAUUACUGGAGGAGAUGGUGGUAUAUAAAAUAGUAUGAUCUUAUGUUUUAGAUUUUGACAUUGAAGCAUUAAAAUAAAAGGCUGAGUUGUUGGAUAGUUUAGCUAAAGAUGGACAAUCAAUGGAGGAUUUAUCAGAUUUAUUGGAUUCUCUUAGAGAAAAAGCAGAAAAAUAUGAUCAUCAUUUAGAGUUAUUAAAUGGAAGAGAUCUUGAAGAUGUGUUAAGUGAUCUUGAUGAAUUAGAAAAAUUAAGGAAACUAGUUAAAGAACUUUAAACAAAAGUGAGUGAUUUGUAGAAGGAAUUAGAUGCAUUAAGAAAGAAAUCAAAAGAAUUGGAUGAUAUGAAAAAGAAAUUGGGUGAUGAUCCUAAUAAAGAAGUUGAUAAAUUAAGAAAAUAAUAAAAAGAUUAAGAAGAUCUAAAAAAGAAACUUGCUGAUGCUUUGAAAGAAAUUGAAUAAUUAAAAAAAUUAUUAAAUGAUAAAAAUGUUGAAUGCAAUAAGUUAGGUUAAUAGGUUGCUUAACUUACUUAAGAUAAUUAAGUUAAAGAUUAAAGAAUUUAGGAAUUGGAAAGAUAUGCUCAAUAAUACUAAGAAUUACAAAUUAAAGUCAAUAAAUUGGAAUAAGAAUUAGAGAAUCUAUAAAGAUAAUUAAGGGAUAAGAACCAAUAAUUAGAAGAUAAAACUAGAUUGAUUGAUACAUUAAAUAGAGAAAUAUAAUAAUUGAAAGCUGAAUUAUAAAGAUUAAAAGAUUAGAUCGCUAAUUUAGAAAGAGAAAAAUAACAAUUAUUGUAAUAAUUACAAUAAAUGCAAAAUUAACUUUCUUAAUUAUCAGAUUAAUUAAGAAAUUCUUAAGCAUAAUUACAAUAGUUAAAUUCAAUUGCUAAUCAAAAUGAUGAUGAGAAAGAGAAGUAUGAAUUAGAAAUAGAUGAAUUAAAAAAUGAAAUUGAUUCACUUAAAGAAUAAAUUGAAGAAUUAAAUGAUGAAAUAGCAAAAUUAAAAAGAAAGAUAUCAGAAUAAGAUGAUUAGAUUGAUUCAUAAACAAAAACUAUUUCUAAUAAAAUUGCAAGAAUUAAAGAAUUAGAAGAUUUAUUGAAUCAAAAAGAAAAAGCUAUCAAAGAACAAGAAAUUAAAAUAAAGAAAUUACCUGGCUCUAGUGUUGUUGUUGGUGGUGGAAGAGGAGGAUAAUCUGGAUAAGUAGGAUAAGGAGGUUCUGAUGUUAUCAACAAAUCCAUUUCCAAUUAAUUGUAAGGAGGAACAGGUUAACCUGGUAGCUUUGGAUCUAAAAGUGGACUUGGAGGCUUAGGAUAAGGAGAUGAAUCUUAAAGUACAGUAUAGUUGAGUCAAUAUUAAAAUGUUUUAUUGGCUUAUUUAUUGAUUGCUGCUGAAAAUGAAAGAAUUAGCGAGGCCUUAAGAAAUACAGUUCAAGAUUAUGAAUAAGUAUUAGUUGAUUUAAGAAAUGCUGAAGGAGAGAUUUCUUAUUUAAAAAAAUCUAUAUCAGAUUUAUAGACUUAAAUUAAUGAUGUAAUAAUUAAUUAAUUUUUAGCUUCGAUUCUAAUUGGAUGAGGCCAGAAGAAAGGCUAUGAAUAACGAUGAAAUAGAAAAAUUAAAAAGAUAAUUAACAGAAUAUGAAAAUAAAUUAGCAUUAUUAUCUAUGGAAUUAUAAAGAUAGAAAACAGUUUCAGGUUCAGGAAAAUAAGGAGCCUCCUAAUAAUUGAUUUCAUAAUAAAAUACAUUUGGAUAUGAAGAUAAAUAGAUUAAUUUUGAUUAAUAGUAUAGAUCACCAAAAGGAUCACAAAGAAAUGUAAAUAUCAAUGGUGAUGAUGAUUCUUGGAGAUUAAAAAAAAUUAUUGAAGAUUAAUUAUGUUUAAUAGUUCUUAUGUCAGCUGAGCUUGAAACCUUGAGAUCUUAAGAGCAGUCCAAUUAAAGAUUAAGUUCAUCAGGAAUAUAGAGAUCCACAAUCUAAACCAGUUAAGUUUAGGUAGGAUAUGGAAAAAGUACAAUAUAUUGA